CCUGCCGAUCGGUCCUUCAAAAGAAAAAAGCUACCAUGUCAUUUCGCAGUCACAUACAAACAACUUGAAUUAUCGCGAAGUGCCGUUGGGUUUGGUUCAUAUUUCUUCAUAUUCAAAUACAACAUGGGUGUUACUGUAGAGACAAUCAAGGCUGGCGAUGGUGUUAACUACCCCAAGAAGGGAGACCGCGUCACUAUCCACUACGUUGGUACUCUUUUGGACGGUACCAAGUUUGAUUCCUCCCGCGACCGUCCCGAGCCUUUCCAGUGCACUAUUGGUGUUGGCCAAGUUAUCAGAGGUUGGGAUGAAGGUAAAGUAUCGUUUGUGAACUUGGGCAUCAUCACAAGGUGUAAGUGCUCAUUUUUCUACUUACCCAUAGGUGUUCCCAAGAUCUCUCUUGGUGAAGUUGCCAAGAUCACCGCCACCGGUGACUAUGCUUACGGACCCGGAGGUUUCCCCGGUCUUAUCCCUCCCAAUGCUACCCUCGUCUUUGAAGUUGAGCUCUUGAAGAUCAACUAAAUUUGUCUUUUUUUGCAAGCAACAAAAAAUUAUGCUAGCUUG